AUGAACAAUAUGGACUUAGUUAAUUCAUUUAUAAUGUGGGUAGAAGUGCAAUUUUAUAAUAUAAUUCUCAUAUGGGUAUUUUCCACAUCCAAAAGAAAUUUUAAAUGUGUAUGGAGAGAACUUAAUGGGUGUUUAAAAUUAGCACUUAUUUAAAUUUUACUAAAAAUAAUUAUGGACUAAAUAAUCUAAUUUAGAAAUAAUUAAUAUCAAAUAAACAGAUAAAUUUGCAAUUAUUAAGGAUAGCAAUCAACAUCAGUAAUUGUUUCACUAAAUUCUCCCACUUUUUCUUAAUUUGAGUGGAUGAAUCAAGAGGUGAUAUCAAAUCUGAAAAAAAUAAAUAUCUUAUCAUCAAAUUUGGACCUUAAAUCAUUUAAAAAUAAAGACUAUAUUAAAACUAAUCAUAAUAUUAUUGUUGGGAUUAUUCAGCAUUAGUUUUCUUUUCUAAAAUUGAAUUGGUAUUAUUUUUGUAAAUGUAUAGCAGUAAUAAUACAUUGA